GUGAUGCAGGAACAGGAAAGACACGAGUUCUUAAGUUUAUAAUAGCCUAUUACAGUAUUAUCCAUCAAGUGAAUAUCGAGAUUACCGCAUCUACCGGUAAGGCUGUGCUUGAAUUAAAAUCAUCUGAUAAAGGCUACUGUGAUUGGCUAAGAAAAGUGCGAGCAAUAAUCAUAGAUGAAUGUUCGAUGGUUAAUGAUGACCUUCUCGAUUCUAUCAUCCACCUAUUUACAAAAAAUGGAAUAACCGAAUUGGGUAAAGUUCAUUUCAUAAUCACCGGUGACUUUUUCCAACUUCCACCAGCAUCGGGUGAGGAUGAUGCGGUACGGUUAUUCUCACAGAAACGAUUUCGUAAUGAGUAUAACAACGAUCGUAUAAAUCGAUUACCAGGAAAGGAUAUGAUCAUAACCGGGCUCAAUAUAUCAGAUUACAUAAAGGAGAUUUGUAAUAUCGAUCCUAGCUUACGAAUAAUAAAACAAAUAACAAGUAGUCAAGAUUCAAGAGUAGGAGAACUUCUGAAGAAACACAAGACUCUUGAGCUUUUGUUCAUGAAUCAUACACAAUCUGAAUAUGUAUUACGAUUACGAUUGAACUGCCGUAUUAUGGUCAUUCAGAAUUACUCAGAAUCAGUUGUCAAUGGAUCAUCAGGAGUGUUCAUUGGAUGGUCGACCAAGAUCCAAUCACAGAAGGAGAAAGGGGAUCCUGUGAUAAGAGUAAAAAGAGAAUGUAAAUAUCGUAAUCUUGAUAUCGAUAAUGGAGAAAGGUAUUUUGACCACGAUAUGAUUAUUCAACUCGAUGACACCAAGGAAGAAGUUAUGAUCAGUGUCUGUGAAAUGACCGAGAAAGAUGAUAAUAAGAAGGUAUACAUACAAAAACAAUUUCCAGUGAUAUCAUUUUACGCAAUAACGGUACAUAAAUCCCAAGGCACUACUUUAAAACGAGCGGUAGUAGAUCUACGAGGGUGUAGUCAGAAACUCGCAUAUACCGCAGUCUCACGUGUCAGUACAUAUGAUUCAUUAGGAGUAUUAAAUUUAACACGAACGGUCUAUGAUCGCUUAACAAGAACAACAAAAGAAGAUCAG